CGGAAGUUGUAUUCUACGUCGCUGUUUUCACUAGUUCUGUCGUUUCUUAGUCGGCCUGCAACGUUUUCUAUCAAAAAGCGCGGAAAAGAAAAAAAAAGAAGUAAAACGCGUCGUGUUUAAUAUCUGUGGAAAAAAUGAAGCAGAACUCCAACGUCCCGGCGUUUCUCACCAAGCUCUGGACUCUGGUGGAAGAUUCUGACACGAACGAAUUCAUCUGCUGGAGUCAGGAGGGGAGCAGUUUUCUUGUACUGGAUGAGCAACGUUUUGCCAAGGAGAUACUUCCUAAAUUCUUCAAGCACAAUAACAUGGCCAGUUUUGUGAGGCAGCUCAACAUGUAUGGGUUUCGCAAAGUCAUGCACAUCGAUACUGGCAUAGUGAAACAGGAGCGUGAUGGACCCGUAGAAUUCCAGCAUCCUUUCUUCAAGCAUGGACAGGAUGAAUUACUGGAGAACAUCAAGAGGAAGGUUUCCUCCACCAGACCUGAGGAGAACAAGAUUCGACAAGAGGAUCUGUCAAAGAUCCUAACCAGUGUUCAGAACAUCCAUGGAAAACAGGAGACCAUAGACUCAAGACUUGCAACUCUGAAAAGGGAAAAUGAAGCACUUUGGCGGGAGAUAGCAGAUCUGCGGCAAAAACACGUUCACCAGCAGCAAGUUAUAAAGAAGCUCAUACAGUUCAUUAUUACACUGGUUCAGAACAACAGCGUUCUGGGCUUGAAGCGCAAAAGACCAUUAUUGCUUAACAGCAAUGGAAAGAAGUCUAAAUUCAUCCAUCCGAUUUUUGAUGACGCUGUGGACCACAGUAAAGGUGUGGUCAAUGGCCUCAAUGGGUUAAAAAACAACUCUGACAUUUCUGACGAUGUCAUCAUCUGUGAUUUGACGGACGAGGAUGCUGAAGUCGCAGAGGACACUUCAAAAAAUUUUGAUCAAAGGGAUGUGGAAAUAGUGGAGGUUCAAAUAGAAGAUGACACAGCUGCUCUGGUGGAGGCCAGUGCAGAGAGAGAGAUUGCUGAUGGCCUUGAAACAGCAUGUGAGGACAUCGCAGAAACCCCCGCCGACAUCCCUCAGACCAGCAGCGCCCUGCAAGUGAACAAGCCAUCUGGGUUAAGCCUUGAGGACCCCGUCAAGAUGAUGGACUCCAUCCUCAGCGAGAAUGAAGCCAUCUCACAGAACAUCAGCCUCCUGGGCAAGGUUGAGCUGAUGGACUACCUGGACAGUAUCGACUGCAGCUUGGAGGAUUUUCAAGCCAUGCUGAGUGGAAAGCAGUUCAGCAUUGAUGCAGACAUUGCAGAGCUUUUCAGUCCAAAUAGCACGGGGAACUCAAAUGAUAUCAGCGGCUACACAGCUAAAGAGACAGGCAAGUCAAAAGAAAAUGCAGAGUCUUCAUCCAAACAAGGCAAACCGGAGGCUGACAACACAGACAAACAGCUCAUUCAGUAUACCUCCUGCCCCCUGCUGGCCUUCCUGGAUGGCUGCAGCUCACUUCCCUCAGAACCAGAGGCACCACCCUGUGACCUGGGCGAGAACUUGCUGGAGCGCACCACUGAUGACCCCAGUGAUCUUCUGGAGCAGAGCUUGGAUACCCAGGAACUCCCACGGAGCACGCUGAUCCGCCUGGAACCCCUGACAGAAGCAGAGGCUAGCGAGGCUUCCCUCUUCUACUUGUGUGAACUAAACCCCGACGGGCCUGGCCCAGAAGCCCCCCAGCUGGAGGUGUAAAGGACGGAUAUGUGGAUGUGGGCCAGGAGCAGGAAGGACCUUUGUAUAUAUUCAUCAAAAUGAUGAUCUAUUUAUUUGCCAGUAUCUUUUGGUACAGUUCUGUCCAGCGUUCACCAUGAAACAUUCCUUACAUAGCAACUGUGGCACUUUGGCCUUCUCCGUGAAUGACGAUAUUUCAAACCCAGAAAGUCCUGGUUGCUUGUUAGCAGUUCAUCCCUCCCCCAUUUCUUUAAUUUUUAAAAAAUUUUUUGAAUGGUUAAAGAGGAACAGUUUGGAAGUUUUGUUGUACGAGUACAGCAGAAUGAUCCUUCAAGAUUUAGUUGUCUUUGCAGUUAAGAUAUAUAGAAGUGCCUGUACCUGGUCUCCCGAUGUUUGGAAAACUUCGGUGUUUAGGACUCCUGUAGCUCGUAUUCUUUAUUCACAACUUGUGCUGAGACAUUUGUGAUUUACCUGUGAGCUUAUUGAGUUGGCAGUAUCAAUAAAAAUGCACAUUAUACAGUUUUCUUAAUUAUCCAGUGGCUUUAAGGCAAUCCCGAUAGUGGGGAAAAUAACUGGCAUUCAUUACUGUGCAAUCGCAGCAUAAUGUUUCCUCCCCAUGAAGACCUGCAAUGUUAGGUCUGUACAUACUGAUAGAGCUAGCUAUACAGUAUUGUAAAGCAGGGGCAGGAUUUUAAAUUGGGUCCUUCACGCUCUAACCAAUACAUCCCUUGCCAUCCUUCCAUUUACAGUUGCAUCUCUCGUACGACAUAGAAUCACUAAUUGAAGUGUUAGAUAAUGGAAUUCUUUAAUGGAAUUAAUGAAGGUAGGUUACAUUGCACUUCCAUGUCACAGCCAAAAAAAGCAGAACUACCACAUUAGCUCUACUAAAUUGAAUUACUGUACACAUAGCACAUCAGUCUAAAACACUGGAGGUACAACUGUGAAAAUGCUAAAUUAAGUUCCACAGUAUAAACAAAGGUGUCAAGACCUAUUAAAAACUCAGUGCAAAACAUCCAACAAUACAGAAAAAAAAAAAAAAAAAAAAAA